AUGGAUAUGCGACAAAUAGUUAUACUAUUAACGAUAUUAGUGAGCUCAGAGGCAAACCAUGGCAGGAUCUCUAUACCAUUAAGCGGGAACUAUACAACGAUUGCCAGAGAAUUUGGAUUUAACACCAGGGUAUACGAUGUCGUAACAGAAGAUGGCUAUAUUCUGCCUCUUAUUAAUAUACCAGGAAAGAGAGAGGUUGUGCUUUUAAUACAUGGAAUAGUAGAUUCCGCUGAUACCUUUAUUAUUCGCGGAGAUAAAUCACUCGCCAUAACCCUGGCUAAGGCGGGCUACGACGUGUGGUCAGCUAACAUGAGAGGCAACCGAUACAGUCGACGACAUGUUUAUUUAAAUCCUGACAAAGACAAACAAUUCUGGAACUACAGUUAUCAUGAAAUGGGCUAUUACGACAUUCCAGCAAUUAUCGAUUUCAUUCUCCAGAAAACUGGUGAAAGAUCGCUCAGUGCUAUUGGACAUUCACUGGGGAACACCGUGUUCUACGUGAUGGGUUCCACGAGACCAGAGUACAAUGAGAAAAUAAAUGUCCUCAUUGCUUUAUCACCUAUUUGUUUCUUUAAUCAUGCGAGACCUCCAGUUUCGUCACUUCUGGAAGCGAUACCUCAUAUAUCUGAUGUGCUAGUGCGCUUGGGACAGGAAGAAGUAAUGGGAGAUGAAACUUCAACACGCAAAAUGAUAACGUUAUUGUGCACCGUUAUUAAGAGUUACGAGAUAUGUGCUAACGGUCUCCUAUCCACAAUCGGUGGUAGCGAUCCUGACGAGUUAGAACCGGACUUUCUGCCAACGCUCUUUACCCAUUUCCCCACUGGGACUUCGAGGAAAACUGGACUGCAUUUAUCUCAGGGAUAUUUGAAAAAGGACUUCGCUCUGUAUGAUUAUGGAGAGAGAAACAUUGAGGUGUAUAACAGCUAUUACCCCCCAAAAUACGACCUGCAUAGAGUUACGAUGAAAGUUGUUCUACUGGACGAAUGA